AUGCCCCAGCCCCUCACUGACCCUCUGCAGGUGAACUACAAGUCCACGUUGCAGAGCCAGGUCCUGGAGUCCCAGGGCCAGCGUCUGGCCUCUGUGCCCUUCGGAGCCGAACUUUCAGAGGAACAUCUGAAGAACUUUCAGGAAGAACAAAUGGGACAGCUGUACGAGCUCAUGCUGGAGUCCACCAAGCCCAACAACCAGUUCAACAUCCAGGAGGACGCCACCAAGUGA